CGACAUUGGCCGGCUGCCAUGCGAUGUUUGCAAAGAUAUAUACCCCGUCCACUGUGUAGAUUGUGUCUCUGCACUCUGCAGCCAGCGUUGGCAUAGGCUCCAAAGCCUCAACACAUGCAUGAAAUCUUACAAGCUGCACAAUAUAUACCACUAGCGGAAACACCAAUUAAUGGCGGCCAUGGAUCCUCUGCUGCUGGCAGCCUCAUUCUCUGGGUCCUGGCAAGCACUUGGGUUUCUUCUUGAUGGAGGAGAUGCAACCGAGCGGUCCACAGACGCGGUGCCAACUCAAUCAUUCCUCGAGCUGCUGCAGCAUGGCGCCACCUCGGAUCCGGACAAGGGAAACAUGAUCAUGGCGAUGCCGCAGCAAGCUACCAACAGUGAUGCAGCAGUGUCGACAAUGUCGCUCCUAGAAGGCGUCACCGCUGAAGGCGACACCGCGCUGCAUGUGGUGGCCACCAACGGUGACGGUGAAAGCUACCUGCGAAGCGCCGACAUCAUCUGUCGGAAGGCCACACACCUACUCUUCAGGCCCAACAGGAAUGGCGACACGUCCCUCCACUGCGCUGCCAGGGCCGGGAGAUCUCGCAUGGUCUCGCAACUAGUCGCCUUUGCUAGAGGCUGCGAGGACGGUGCUGGGGAGAGGAUGAGGGAGCUCCUGAGGAUGGAAAACGGUUCCAAGGAAACGGCAUUGCAUGAGGCUGUACUCAUCGGGAGUAUUCAUAUUGUUGAGCUGCUGAUGGCAGCUGAUCCGGAGUUGGCUUACUUCCCCAAAGACGGCGGCACUUCGCCGUUGUACCUGGCCGUCUUGCAUGAUCAGGCCGACAUUGCGCAUACCCUGCAUCAGAAGAGCGGUGGGUAUCUCUCCUAUUCUGGACCGGAUGGACAAAACGCAUUGCAUGCUGCUGCUCUGCGUAGCCAAGCAAUGACAGAAAUGCUACUGGAAUUUAACAUUGGUCUUACUGCACAGAAAGACCGAAAUGGAAGCACACCCCUUCACUUUGCAACAUCAAUUCUACAUCCGAGAGGUGUACACUUCUGGAUCUUCCGCCCAUGGUAUGUAUGGUUUCACGGAUUUUGGCAUUCAAGUAUGCCAUUCUACCCGGUGCUGCAAGUCAUCUUCCAUCCUUGGUUCCCAUGGAACCACGGUGUGUGGCAUUCAGGCAUGCCAUUUGAUGCAUUACUGCAAGCUAACCCAACUCCAAUGUAUCAGUCAGAUGAUCAGGGAUUGUUUCCUAUACAUGUUGCUGCUUUCACAGGUGUGAAUAAGGCUAUCGUCAAAUUUUUAGAGAAAUGUCCCACCAUUGCUGUGUGCGCGAUAUCAAAGGGAGAACUUUCCUCCAUGUCGCUGUCGAAAAGAAGAAGUGGAACAUAGUCGCACUUGCUUGCCAAACUCCGUCAUUAUCAUGGAUUUUGAAUAUGCAGGACAAUAAAGGGAACACUGCACUACACACAAGUGUGAUGCUUGGGCAUCAGGACAUAUUUUGUUUGCUCUUGGAGAAUCAGGAAGUGCGGUUAAAUAUGACAAAUAAGAAGGGGGAAACUCCACUAGAUCUAUCACAGAGUAAGAUUUGUGCCGGGUGUUUUUGUGCAUGGAACCCUAGAUUUGUGAUGAAUGCUGCUUUAAUAUAUUGUCACGCUAAACAUGGCAAUCGCCGAUUGGACAAUUUUGAAGAACAGUACAUUCAACCGGGGGAUGAAGAGAAAGAAUCAAACAAAUUGACAGCCUCAACUCAAACUUUGGGCCUUGGAUCAGUGCUGAUGGCUACUGUGGCGUUUAGUGCAACUUUCACUCCACCGGGGGAUUUCAGUGACAAUGGCACACCAACACUUUCUAGGAGGUAUGUUUUUGAUGCAUUCAUCGCAGCCAACUCGCUGGCAUUUGGCUGCUCUGGUUUAGCAACGAUCAACCUCAUGUACUCUGGUACAGCUAUUGUCGAUGUGCCUUUGCGCAGCAUGCACUUCGAUGUAGCUGUAGUAUUUGCAUUUUGUUCGGUCACAAGCUUGGCUACAGCUUUUGUGCUAGGCCUAUAUGUGGUGUUGGAUCCAGUUGCUCAUAUGACUGCAACUGCAGUGUGUGUGGUGGCUUCUCUUUUGUGUCUGUGUGGAUAUAUAGACCCGUUACGAGGCCAAGCUGUUGCUAGAGCCUUAUUCCGUAGAAUGGGGAGUCGAGCGUUGGUGAUAUCCGCACGCAUUCUCAUCAUCCGGACAGCAAUGGUAUUUUGGCCCUUGAUAGCAAGCUUCAUUUGGGCAGCAAUUUCUGGAAAAGAUCGUCACAAGAAACUACCUUGAACAAGUGGUGGUAGAAGACAGGCCAUGAACGUGGGCGAUGAAAUAUAUCCAUUCUUUACUUGCCAGAUUUCGACGCAUGUGGUAUUUCUCGAAAAUUAUAUACUUUUAGUAAGUUUUCGUGCCUUGUGGAUCAAUAUACUGUGUGCAUUGUUGCCUACAA